AUGUCUGCUCUCCCACUCACAGGAAAAUUCGGCUACGGAACCAUGUCUUUGACAUGGACCCACACCCCAGCACCAAUUGAACAAGCAGUUGAGUCCAUGAACUAUGUCACCUCCCACCCUGAAUUUGGCGUCAAGCUCCUUAACGGUGGUGCUUUCUAUGGUAAAGACUACAUUAACUUAAAGUACAUCAAGGCCUUCGUUGACACCUUGGAGCCUGAGGCUGCCAGAGAGUUGACCGUCUGUAUCAAGGGUGCUGUCGACCUCCAGACCAUCUUGCCUAUCGGUACCAAAGAAUCCGUUGACAAGUCCAUCAGCGACAUCACCUCGUACUUCUCCAGCGACCCUUCCAAGAGACCAAAGAUCUUGUUCGAAAUCGCUAGAGUCGAUCCAAACGUGCCCUACGAGGAAACCGUUUCCUACAUCUACGAACACGUCAAGUCCGGCAAGAUCGAUGGAAUUUCGCUUUCCGAAGUCGGUCCUGCCUCUAUCGCCAAGGCCACUGCUGUUGCUCCUAUCUCGUGUGUUGAGAUGGAAUUCUCCAUCUUGUGUCAGGACCUCAUUGACAACGGAGUCUUGGACGAGUUGAAGAAGCAAAACAUUCCUAUCGUUGCCUACUCUCCCCUUUGCAGAGGCUACUUGACCGACUACUGUGCUGAAAACCCAGAAGAGUUCUUCAACAACAUCAAGCCUGGUGACAUCAGAAUGAUCAUCGACAAGUUCUCCAAGGAAAACUUCCCCAACAACCAUGCCGUGGUCAAGAAGUUGUACGACUACGCCCAUGAAGUCAAGGGAAUGACCCUUGAAUCGUUCUCGUUAUCGUGGAUCCAGACCAUCUCCGAAAAGAAGAACUACAAGGGCGUGGACUUUGUCAAGAUCUUGCCAAUUCCAAGUGGUUCUACCAAGGAAAAGAUCGAAAAGAACUUGGGCAGUAUUGUCCAAUUGACUGACGAUGACUUGGAGGCAGUCGACAAAAUUCUCAAGGAGCAACCAGUCACUGGUAUGAGAUACAACGCUCACCACGCCAAGUACGAGUUUGCUUAA